GGCGGUUGCUCCGGGUAACGGGCGGUUGUUUACUGGCUGGAGGUUUGGAGGCUGAUGGCGGCUGCAGGAGAGGUAACAGGGAGGGGGAGGGGGCAGCAGUGGGGUCACUGGGGGUAAUUAAUGGGGGCAAUGCCAGUGGAGCUGUUACCAUGGAAACCACUGCUCUGUCCUGCUGAUUGCUCCACUUUCAGAGCUUUAAUUCCCAUGGAAGGGGGUGGACCUUAAUGGGGUUGGCAUGGGGGUGAUCUUAAUGUGGGGUUACAUGGGGGGUGACCCUAAUGUGGGGUUACAUGGGGGGGUGACCUUAAUGUGGGUUACAUGGGGGUGACCUAAUGUGGGGUUACACAUGGGGGUGACCUAAUGUGGGGUUACACAAGGACCUAAUGUGGGGUUACAUGGGGUGAUCUUAUCCCUAAGCAUGGGGUGACCUAAUGUGGGUUACAUGGGGGGGAAGACCUAAUGUGGGUUGGCAUGGGGGCAAGGACCUGACAAGUUACAUGGGGGGUGGAUCUAAUGUGGGGUUACAUGGGGGUGACCUUAAUGUGGGUUGGCAUGGGGGUGACCUAAUGGGGUUACAUGGGGGUGACCUUAAUGUGUGGGGUUACAUGGGGGGUGACCUUGUCGUGGGGUUACAUGGGGCGGAUCUUAAUGUGGGGUUACAUGGGGGUGACCUUAAUGUGGGUUACAUGGGGGAAGACCCAAUGGGGUUACAUGGGGGGUGACCUUAAUGGGGUUACAUGGGGGAAGACCCAAUGUGGGGUUACAUGGGGAAGACCUUAAUGUGGGGUUAAGCAUGGGGGGGGAAGACCUAAUGGGGUUACAUGGGGGGUGACCUAAUGGGUUACAUGGGGGGUGGACCUUAAUGUGGGGUUACAUGGGGGUGACCUAAUGUGGGGUUACAUGGGGGGAACCUUAAUGGGUUACAUGGGGGAACCUAAUGUGGGGUUACAUGGGGACCUAAUGUGGGGUUACAUGGGGGGACCUUAAUGGGGUUACAUGGGGGGACUAAUGUGGGUUACAUGGGGGGGACCUAAUGUGGGUUACAUGGGGGGGGUGGAAUUUUAAUGUGGGGUUACAGGGGAGUCUUAAUGUGGGUUACAUGGGGGGACCUUAAUGGGGUUACAUGGAGAGAGAAAUAAUCUUAAUGUGAAAGAGAUAGAGGUUUCCAGGGGUGAUUCUGAGUAGGGUAUUAAAUAGCCAAUAAGUUUAUUAGUAUAAUAUAUAUAACAAUGGUGUAAACUCCGAAUAAAAAGUCCUUUAAAAUGGCCAAUUUUUUUUAAAGGACUUUUAUUGAAGACUUUUACACCAUUUGUUUUUAUAUAUAUUAUAUACUAACAACGGUUUUAUUUAAUACCCUACUCAAGUCCUUUUGGAGCCUCCAGAGAAUCUUCAUAGGGUAGUGCCAUCCCCAUUCAAACUGGCACAGAGUUUUAUACACCUAGAGCCAGGACCCAUAGGUCUAGGACCAGGUGAGCACCACAUUUAUUAACAUAUAUGUAUGCUUUUAUGACCAAUCUACAUAUUGGUUCGCUUCCUCCCUCUGUUUUGUUCCUUGAGAAUCACCCAAAUCGAAGUAGAAGGGUGGUGCUACCACAAUAAGUAAUAUUGUUUCCUAAUAAUGGAGCCAGUGUUUCUAUAUACAGGCUCCUUGAAAUGUGAGUGCACAAUUCAUUACAAUCUCAUUAUUACUAUUGCAUUGCCACUUUAAAUACCAUCUGCACUAUAUUGUACUUUUCUGUAUUUUUCUUCACAUGUACUUUUUACUGUACCAUUGUACGAAAUAACGUUUGGUAAGCUAUAUGUGUUUGAGCGCUCCACUUAUAGGUGUAGGUCUUUGUUACUUACACCGCACUUAAAUCUAGAAAUGACAUGGUACCUACCCUCAAAAUGCCACAGACUUUAUAUGUCGGCACCUUGAAGGCACUUUCCCUGUAACCUAAACGUAUAACAAACCCUAACUAACUGCAUUGCUGCGUCGUUCUAAGCAGCGCUGUAAUCACACUGAAAUUUAUUGGAAAAAUAAUGCAGUAAGUGCACCCAAUGAAAACCCAAAGUUUGGUAUGCAGACUUCUAUAGAGCUUAUGAUCUAAAUUGUUUUAACUCUUUGCAGGUUGUGUAAAAGGGAAAUGGCCUCAGCUCCAGCGGGUGUUACUGUUCCCAGAACUGGAGACCCUCUCCAUAGAAUGCAUGUUACAAGACCCAAAUCUGCCAAAGGUCGCACCAGGACCGCCCCACAGGGCUUCUCAACCAAUGCUGAAGAGUAUACCUACAGUACCUCACCACCUGCUCCUCGGGUACCCUCAGCCCGGGUUCCCACCAGUCCCAGGAUACUGCAGGAAGAGGUUCCUGAGCUCGUGCAUCAAGUUUUAUCCAGGCCUCCCUCGUCUUCCUUGAACCGGUACAGAGUUCUCCCAUCCAUCGGUGCAGUGAGGAAUCAAGAAAAUGCUGAGGAAGAACAAAUGGCCAGAGAUAUCAGCUCCAUGCACCUUGCAAGUGAACACCAUGAGAGGCAUGCCAAAUCUUUACAGGAGCACUCUGCAGGCAGGGUGGCAGAGACAGGCCCUAGCCAGAAGCCUCAGACUAGAGAGGAUAUUUCACCAAUUCCUGUGAAUGCGCAGGGGGUCUCACCAUUUACUAUGAAGAGGCAGGGGAUCUCGCCAUUUCCUGUGAACCUGCUAGAGCCCUCUGAGCACGAGCCUAGGCUUCUGCUGGCCAUCAGAUCCCAUACCGGCCAGAGGUUUGAACGAUACUUCCGGCCCACAGACACUAUGUAUGUUGUGCUGGCAGUGGCUGAGACGAAGACGGGUAUGUCUUGCAGGAACUGCAGUGUGGAGUCCAUGGAAGUGCCCAGGAGAAGGUUCGCUGACCUGAGUUGCACCCUCCAACAGUGUGGGAUCCCCAAUAAAUCUGUGCUUUGCAUCCACCAGACAGAGCGGGACUGAUGACAUGAUAUUACAUGCUAAUCGUGCAUCCUUAUGAUUUUUGAGAAUUAUACUUGGUGUUACUGUGUUACAGACUCUGAUCGCCAUGCCUCAGAAAAAGUGGGACUCUGUGCUUUGUUCAAUCCAUAAGAAUAUUCUCAUUUGUUUUUCUGGCUGUAGCACUGGGAUUCUGAAUAGUGACAAUGGAUCAUCUCCAUUACCUGCUUACUCCCAUAUAGGCCCAUAUCUUCUAAUAUCUUCUCAGAUAUGGUCUAAGAACAUUCUAAAUCUUUUGGUGUGUCCUGGUUAACGAAAGUUUAAUCUCCGUAAUUUAACUGUUGGCUGAAAAUGAGAUAAAUUACAGUGGCACCAUUCACUAACAUUGACUGGAUUGUAUCUCUCUGGACUCUGCAUGUGAUCCCCUAGAACACAGCCCUGGCAAAGUUCAAUGCCAAAUGGUGAGAUCCAUGUUUAACCAGCUGGCAAGGAACUUCCCAGUGUGGCACCCCUCCAAUAAAAGUAAACAAGAACUCUGUUGGAGAAUUAUAUCUGCUAUGUUUUGUCAAUACAGAUUACAUUUAGACAUGCUUGCUAUGAUCAGAAAAGGAAAUACAUUGAAACUAACUGCAAAAGGAAAUACAAUUAUUUUUUUUAAAGAGUAUUUAAUUAUACUCUUGUCACCCUGCAGUAAUAUUCCCAAGGUCUGUCACUUGGCGCACACUAGCUGCAGUUGCUCAGAUUUGUUUUGUAAGUGUGGGUUGGCUUACAUGCAUAAUUCUUGUGUUGGCUGGGAGCAUAAUUAAAAUAUUGCUCUCCCCUCUUCCAAUUGAAAUUGUAACAUUGCCACUACAACCUAUUACACAGCAGUGGUAAUGGUGCUAGCACAGUAUGAGUGCAGGUCCUAUAAACAUCUGCAGAGGUAAUGACAGAGUAAAACGUCCUCAAUCUGGUCUCAAGUUUGGGGAGGGAAGGGGGAUUCUGGGUGCAGAAUAAUAACCGGGUAACUCACUAAAGUGAGAAUUUAAACUAAGUUCAAAAUAGCCGAACUGGAAAAAAAUCUUGAAGACAGCUGUGCUUCCAGUCUGCCCAUUUUGGCUUUGAAUUUGAAACUCUUUGAUUUUCCAACAAUUCUCACUUGAGCGAAUAAUCCUGUAAAUCAUAAAAACAGUAUGAGAAAAUAGGGUAUUUCACCCAUAUCUCCUUACACCAGAACCAAUAAAAUGAGCUGUAAAAAAUACAAUAAGAUAAGUGGCUAUGGAAAGUGGAGUGUUCCUUUAAAGGGACACUAUAGUCACCUGAACAACUUCAGCUUAAUGAGGUUGUUCAAGUGCGAACUAUAGCUCCCUGCAGCCUUUCUCAUGUAAACACUGUAUUUUCUGAGAAAAUACAGUGUUUACAUUGAAAGCUAGGAACACCUCCAGUUGCAGUCAUAAUAUGCCUCCAUCCACUCAGAUCUGCUGUGCACGAGCAUCCUGUGAUUCAAUAUCUCCUCCCUCUGCAUGCAGACACUGAACUUUCCUCAUAGAGAUCCAUUGAUUCAAUUAAUCUCUAUGAGGAGAUGCUGAUUGGCCAGGGCUGUGCUUGAAUCAUGCUGGCUCUGCCCCUGAUCUACCUCUUUGUCAGUCUCAGCCAAUCCUAUGGGGAAGCAUUGUGAUAGGAUCAGGCUACAACUUCUGAUGACGUCAGCAGACUUUUUUUUUUUUUUAAGGCAAACAGCAUGGAGAGUUACAGCUUCUGGCUUGAAUACAGUAAGAUUUUUACUAUAUCUAUGGAAGCAUGAGGGGCCCAGGGGGGCUAGAUGGUGGUGUUAACACUAUAGGGUCAGGAAUACAUGUAGUUGCACUGGUGACUAGUGUCCCUUUAAGAAGAAUAAAACCAACAUACAAUGCAAAUUACUAUCACCUACAUAUAUCGUAUCAUUGCAGACUGCACCCAGAGUACAGAUCUGUUGGUAUUAGUAACUAAACCAUUGCUUAUCUCACUGAAUGAUUUACUGUAUAGUGUAACCUGUUACUGUAUUGAAGGUGUGUCAGACCUCACCCUAGAGCAGUGCUUGUAUUGGGGAUCUUGAUUCGGUCGCAGUUUGCCUGUUUCUCCAAGUCAAUUCUGUGUUCAGUUUACCUGUUUUAACCUUACAUUUGAAAUUCACUUUGACGUCACGAGCACAUGAGCAGUCCUGUCACAGCCAGCCAUAGAGAAUCAUUGCAUUUAGUGAUUCUCUAUGGAGGAAUCGGGGUGCAGUGCAAUGUACCCAUGUUCCCCCGUUGCCUCUAUUAGAAGAAAUGUAUUUAGUGAUUCUCUAUGGAGGAAUCGGGGCGCAGUGCAAUGUACCCAUGUUCCCCCGUUGCCUCUAUUAGAAGAAAUGUAUUUAGUGAUUCUCUAUGGAGGAAUCGGGGCGCAGUGCAAUGUACCCAUGUUCCCCCGCUGCCUCUAUUAGAAGCAUUGUAUUUAGUGAUUCUCUAUGGAGGAAUCGGGGCGCAGUGCAAUGUACCCAUGUUCCCCCGUUGCCUCUAUUAGAAGAAAUGUAUUUAGUGAUUCUCUAUGGAGGAAUCGGGGCGCAGUGCAAUGUACCCAUGUUCCCCCGUUGCCUCUAUUAGAAGAAAUGUAUUUAGUGAUUCUCUAUGGAGGAAUCGGGGCGCAGUGCAAUGUACCCAUGUUCCGCCAUUGCCUCUAUGAGAAGCAUUGGAUUGGCUCGUCAUCAUGGAUGACGCAGCCUGAGGUGGAGGUAGUGACAAAAGAGACUUUAUGCUGGAGAAAAGGUGAGUAAUUAGUUUAUUUCAUUUUUUGUUUUAUUAUUGUACAGAGGGGAUGGGGGAGAGUGAUAAGAAGCACCAAGACUGUAGCUCUGUAUUCCUAACGCUACAGUAUUCCUUAAAUAGAUCCUCAUUAGUCCAAGAAGCAGAGAGGAGAUGGGCUGCUGGGGACUCUCAUUUAGGGUAAAAACUGUUUAAUGCUGAAAAGAAGGUUGGUGCUUGGGGAUUCCAGAUACUAUAACCACUGCUAUCAGAUGAAGCAGCUACAGUAUUUAUUUAAGGCUUAAAGGAAAUCUGUAGCUGCUUUAUCUCAUAGAUGUUUAAGCUUUGUGGAGAGAUGGGAAUCAGCUAUAAGGUACGUGUAAUCCUGGGGGAUAUUCACUAAACCGAGCGAAUAAUACCUAUUAAGCCAAAUGUGGGGACAACUAAUUAUCCAACUGUGCUUUUAUGGCCUAAGAUUAGCAUUAACCCUACCAGCGCUCCACAAUUCCUGCAUUCGUUCUGCCGUAGGAGUGGUGUCAGUCAUCCCGUAUCAAUGUUUGGAAUCUUCCCAUUUCUAUCAGCCAAUUCCAUGAUUUUAAAGCCCCUGGCUGCCGACUAGCAGAUUAUUUGGGAUUUAUGGUGCCCUGUGUGUUGACAGGUACGUCCAUCAACCUUCUGGUUCCGGUUACACACUCCGCUCUAUUCUCUAAAUGGUGAACAGAAGCCACAUGUUGGGUUGUCACAUUUUGAGGUUUUAACUAUUUCAAUCUGUCUUUAGAAGGUUUAUUUGACACCAAAUUUGUAUUUUUAUUUGGCUGUAUUUAAUUUUUCUGUCUCCAUAUAACAUUGCUCAGCUAUUCACAAACAAAUUCCCUCCAUUUGGUUGAGCCAGUUCCUCUAUAACUAUUAGGCCCUUAACCCCAAGGUAAUAUAACACUACCCAGCUCCAAAUCACACUUAUUUUAAAGGGACACUCAACUGAUUUAGUUUUAGCAGUUAUACUCUGUAUGAAAACAUCCAUGUAUUUUUUCCUGCAUGUUUUAUUUGCAGACAUAUAAAAGGGGGAAAAAAAGCUUAUAAAAGCUGCAAACCUGCUAUCUGUGACAAGACCUACCCUUUAAUUUUUUAUACAUGUAUAGAUCUAAAAUAAAAUGACAGCAGCAGUAACUAUCAGCAGCGCUCACAAGAAUAACUCCCAAUAAUCUCAAACGAAUUCAGCUCAUCGAGAAGAGGGGAAAUCCUGCUCGCUCUAAUUUAGUGUGUCCAUUAGUGCUAUGGAGCCAAAGAAUACUUCCCUGGCUGUCUUAGUGAAAAAUGCCAAUUUCUCUUGAAAUCGUUUUUUUUUAUAAUUGACAGGAAAAUGACAGACUCCAGCUACAUGCUUUGUUUGGAGGAUGCAUUUAAAAAUAAAACAAACUAUAGUGUUAAAAUUUGUCUGUAACUCAAUUGAGCUAUUUUUAAAAGAAUCUCACUGCAAUAAUGAGAUCAAUUUAAAAAUAGAGAACCAUUGUCUGUUUCGUUACCAUUCCGUUCAUAGUGAAUUUACAGACAUUUCAGCAACUAAAGGGCAGGGAAUCCAGUUCAAUGCAAUCUGCUGAAUUAGCAAAAGCCUGCAGGUUAAGUCACCUACCUGUAUGAACUACAUCACCCAUGAUUGGGAAUCUUGAGAAAUUGAAGUCAGACAUGUGCAAUGCCUUGGCUAUACCUUCUAGGCCACGUUUUUCCGACGUGUCAUGCACCCAUGGAAGAGAAUUCUGAAGAUUUAUUCAGACAGAAAGUGGGGAUGCAGAUGGUAUUAACGCUUUCCGUAUAUACAUACAAAAAACCUCAGCAUUUAGCUUUGCCGUGGAGUGAUUACAUGUUUGUUCCUGUCUUUUAAUAUAAUAAAUAAAAUGCACUUACUCUUUUAAUAAAACACACAUUACAUUCCAGAUUUGUUUCUUAUCCUUUAAACAACCCAGCAGAAUUUCGUCUCCCACUU